CAGGUCCCGUGUGACCCUCACGGACUGGAGAAGGCCCCUGGUCUUUGCACGUUUCUUUGCGAAGGCCUCGUGGUCCGUGGGGGCGGAGGUAAGCAGAAGAACAGGUUCGCGCCAGGAGUCAGGCGGACGGCCCGGGAAGCGGGAGUCCGGAUCCUGAGAGCGCGCCCAGGCCAGGAGUGAGAGUUCCAGCGUCCUGGGCUGGGUCUGGCGGCCCUCCCCCAGGGUUCCCGGGGCCGCCCCCAGUCACGUGACCGGUGGGGCCGGCAGGUAACUCGCCCGGAGAGGGCGGGGGCCGGUAGCCGCCCCGCCCCGUGGGGCGCCGCGGGCGGGUCUCAGCGGCGCCCACUGCGCCAGCCGGGCCGCAGGUGCCGCCCCCGACACACUGUGUCCCGCCCAAGCUGAUCUGCGUCUGUCUGUCUGUGCGUGCGUGCGCCUCGUCGGUCCGCGUGUGUCUGGCCGAGCGCCCCCUUCCUCUGCGGCCAUGACUCCGCCCCCGCCCCCAGGCCCGGACCCCGGGGCAGACUCCACCACGGACCCAUGCCCAGAGCCUGGAUCACUGGUCGUCCUGUUCGGGGCCACAGCCGGUGCGCUGGGGCCAGACCUGGGCUCCGACGAGACUGACUUAAUCCUUCUAGUAUGGCAAGUGGUGGAGCCGCAAAGCCGCCAGGUGGGGACGCUGCACAAGUCGCUGGUUCGCGCCGAGGCAGCAGCGCUGAGUCCACAGUGCCGGGAGGCAAGCGGCCUGAGCGCCGACAGCCUGGCGCAGGCCGAGCCGCUGGACAAGGUGCUGCAGCAGUUCUCCCAGCUGGUGAGCAGGGAUGUGGCUCUGCUGGGCGGGGGCCCCUACGUGCUCUGCACUGAUGGGCAGCAGCUGUUGCGACAGGUUCUGCACCCUGAGGCCUCUAGGAAGAACCUAGUGCUCCCUGACGCCUUCUUCUCCUACUACGACCUCCGCAGAGAGUUCAACAUGCAGCACCCAAGCAUGAGCCCUGCCAAGGACCUCACUGUGGCCACCAUGGCACAGGACUUGGGACUGGAGACAGAUGCCACAGAGGAUGACUUUGGGGUCUGGGAAGUGAAGACAAUGGUAGCUGUCAUUCUCCACCUGCUCAAAGAGCCUAGCAGUCCAUUAUUUUUGAAGCCCGAGGUGAUCAAGCAGAAAUACGAGACGGGUCCUUGCAGCAAGGCUGAUGUGGUGGACAGUGAGACUGUGGUACGGGCCCGUGGGUUGCCCUGGCAGUCAUCAGACCAGGACGUGGCUCGCUUCUUCAAAGGGCUCAACAUUGCCAGGGGUGGUGUAGCGCUCUGCCUCAAUGCCCAGGGUCGCAGAAAUGGUGAGGCCCUCAUCCGCUUUGUGGACAGCGAGCAGCGGGACCUAGCGCUGCAGAGACACAAGCACCACAUGGGCGUCCGCUAUAUUGAGGUAUAUAAAGCCACAGGGGAGGAGUUUGUAAAGAUCGCAGGGGGUACAUCACUGGAGGUGGCUCGUUUCCUGUCACGGGAAGACCAAGUGAUCCUGCGGCUGCGGGGACUGCCCUUCUCUGCUGGGCCAACGGACGUGCUAGGCUUCCUGGGGCCAGAGUGCCCGGUGACCGGAGGUGCUGAUGGGCUGCUCUUUGUGCGCCACCCUGAUGGCCGGCCAACUGGUGAUGCCUUUGCCCUCUUUGCCUGUGAGGAGCUGGCACAGGCUGCGCUACGCAGGCACAAGGGCAUGCUGGGUAAGCGAUACAUUGAACUCUUCCGGAGCACUGCAGCCGAGGUGCAGCAGGUCCUCAACCGCUAUGCAUCCAGUCCACUUCUUCCCACACUGACUGCCCCACUGCUGCCCAUCCCCUUCCCACUGGCAGCAGGGACCGGGAGGGACUGUGUACGCCUUCGAGGCCUGCCCUACACAGCCACCAUUGAAGACAUCUUGGGCUUUCUGGGGGAGGCAGCGGCAGACAUCCGGCCCCACGGUGUGCACAUGGUACUCAACCAGCAGGGCCGGCCGUCAGGUGAUGCCUUCAUCCAGAUGACGUCAGCAGAGCGCGCCCUAGCUGCUGCUCAUCGUUGCCAUAAGAAGAUGAUGAAGGAACGCUACGUCGAGGUGGUCCCCUGCUCCACAGAGGAGAUGAGCCGUGUGCUGAUAGGGGGCACCUUGGGCCGCAGUGGCAUGUCCCCUCCGCCCUGCAAGCUGCCCUGCCUCUCGCCACCCACCUAUGCCACCUUCCAGGCCACCCCAACCCUCAUUCCCACUGAGACAGCAGCUCUGUACCCCUCUUCAGCACUGCUUUCAGCUGCAAGGGUGCCUGCUGCCCCCAGCCCUGUUGCCUACUAUCCAGGGCCAGCCACUCAACUCUACAUGAACUACACAGCCUACUACCCAAGCCCCCCCGUCUCCCCUACCACUGUGGGCUACCUCACUACACCCCCUGCUGCCCUGGCCUCUGCUCCCACCUCAGUGUUAUCCCAGCCAGGAGCCCUGGUCCGCAUGCAGGGUGUCCCAUACACAGCUGGUAUGAAGGAUCUGCUCAGCGUUUUCCAGGCCUACCAGUUAGCCCCUGAUGACUACAGCAGUCUGAUUCCUGUUGGUGACCCUCCUCGCACUGUGUUACAAGCCCCCAAGGAGUGGGUGUGUUUGUAAGUGAAGAAGCCAGGAGGUAAGAGCUAGCUGAUGUCCUCAGCCAAGAUGCCUCUCCUACGUCCAGAGGAUGAGUGCCCUCGACCUGGUAGCUUCUUUCUAGCUUGUCAAAGUUCUCUGAAGGCACCUAGAGGAGCCCAAGGCCCAGCUCCAUCCUCUACUUAUUCCUCUGCCUGUUUACCCCAAAGAUGAUGGCUGGACCCUGCCUGCAGGGCUAGGGGUGGAAUGGGGCUAACCUGCUCCUGAUGGCCUGAGCUGCGCCUCUUGAGUGGCACCUAGAGAGCCCUUUGGUCUGUCCUGGCUGUGGCUCAAGCCCACAGAUAUUGUGGGGCUGCCAGGUCCACAGCAGGCUUGCUUUUUUUUUUUUUUUUUUUAAAUGUAAGCUCUGGUACCUUCAAUGUAUGACUCCUGGGAGAAUCAAGGGUCCAUCUGAGCCUCUGAGUAAAGGUCCUAAUGUUCUACCUCCCCCUGUAACUCUGGGUAGGGUAGGGAGGCAGGCCAGCCUCCACUCUCAGGAUACCUGGACCUCAGAGACCAUGUUGUGCCAGGUGGUCCCACCAAAGGAUGCUAGACCUCCUCUAGCACAAGGAAUAUUAGAUGGCAAAACUGGCAAGCGAUUUUGAUGGACUAUGCUGCAGUAUCCUCAGAGGACACUAGGGGGCAGGAGGACCCCACACAAAAACUCAGGCUUGAAUUUUAAAGGGGACUUUCUACCAACUUUUCAUGCACACCUUGGGCGGGCCAGUUGUUCUGAACCCAGAAGACACUGUGGAAUGUCCUUUGCACCCAUUAAAGGGUGAAGAACUGAAGCCUCGAGAGGAAUCUGGAAUUCUAUCCUCUCCGUAAAAGUUCCUGACCAAAUGGACUUUUUAAAAACUGCAGUAUCCUUAGCUUUGCCCCCAGAGUGAGGGGGAUCUACACCAACCCCAGGUGUGGAGGAAAACUCAGACAGAUUAAGGAGACUGUUGAUCUGUCACCAUUUAUUAUUUCAGCACUAUUAACUGUGGAGCCUAAACUGCUGGCUCUUCUUCCCUUUGUAUUAAUAUUUGUGUAAGGAGCACUGCACUCCUAUAAAAGGUUUUGAAAUACAAAAUGUACAAGAAAACACAAUCCCAAAUGCUGUAAACAUAACUGAGAACCAGUUCCUUUACUAAACAUCCAUUUUAUAAAAUACAGGGUUUCAAUUGAGCCCA